CUCCUGAUUGGUGGAAACCAGCAGGAAGAGCGCUCUCGUCGUGAUAUCUGUCAAGUUGAGACAGAAACUCUCUACACUAAAACAGACCAACUAUCCCUCCAGACUACCAAAAACAUACUGCGCCCGCGCCUUUGCAGCCGUCUGUGGGGUUUUGGUGAAACCAGGACAAACCUGCUCUCGUCCCUGCCGCAUCUGAAGAAGCGUGACUUACCCAGCAUUUCCCGGAAACCCAGCGCAGAGGGCAUCAUCGGUGUCGGUGUGAGGAGGAUGGCUGCCUACAAGCUGGUGCUGAUCCGCCAUGGAGAGAGCUGCUGGAACCAGGAGAACCGCUUCUGCGGCUGGUUCGACGCGGACCUGAGCGACACCGGAGAGCAUGAGGCAAAGAGAGGAGGACAGGCCCUGAAAGACGCCGGCUAUGAAUUUGAUAUUUGCUACACCUCCGUCCUGAAGAGGGCCAUCCGCACCCUGUGGUUUGUUCUGGACAGCAUCGACCAGAUGUGGCUGCCCGUCCACCGGACCUGGCGCCUCAAUGAGCGUCACUACGGUGGCCUGACUGGGCUGAACAAGGCUGAAACAGCAGAAAAGCACGGAGAGGCCCAGGUCAAGAUCUGGAGGCGCUCUUUCGACACUCCCCCCCCACCCAUGGAUGAGGAGCAUGACUUCUAUCAGACCAUCAGCAAGGACCGCCGUUACGCUGACCUGACGGAGGAACAGCUUCCCAGCUGUGAGAGUCUCAAGGACACCAUCGCCAGGGCUCUGCCCUUCUGGAACGAAGAGAUCGUUCCACAGAUCAAAGAGGGAAAGAGGGUGCUGAUCGCAGCCCACGGCAACAGUCUCCGGGGCAUCGUCAAGCAUCUUGAGGGAAUGUCAGAGGAGGACAUCAUGGAGCUGAACCUGCCCACAGGUAUCCCCAUCGUGUACGAGCUGGACAAGAACCUGAAGCCUUUAGGACCCAUGCAGUUCCUGGGAGAUGAGGAGACAGUCAAGAAGGCCAUGGCAGCUGUGGCUGCUCAGGGAAAAGCCAAGAAAUAGACCACCCACCCACCUGCCCCCGGAUGAGCUAGAGUACAGAUCAAUCAUGUGCUGUUCAAUUAUCAAAUUAUUACAAGGUCAUUUACUUUUAUCGUCAUCACAGACUUGCGUACACAUCGACACACAAUGUGCACUUUAUUUUGAUAAUACCCAGCUUUCACACAAUUGAUUUGAUUACUUUGUAACAUUCUGAAAUGUACAUGUCAUUAUCACACAAUGGUUAUCAGCUGCAAUGUGGUUUAAGCAAUGACCAAAAUGCAAAAUUCGGGACCAGCAAAUAGGAGCAAACAUAGACUAACCCUGCAGAGUCAUCCCAUGUAUUCCUUCCUGUUAAUGAUACAUGUACUGGAGGUGAAGCUCAGAGGGAACCGUAUAACUUAUAAAGAAACACUGGCUGUAGUCAAAAGGGCAAGUUGAUUUGCUCUGCACUGCUGAUUUUUGUUUGCUGUGGAAUUGCGGGAAAAAUAAUAAAUGUUGUAAACCGUUAUGUGAUGAAA